AUGGUAAGUAGUUCUUAAAUAAUAAAUAAUUUUUUGAUUUUAAAUAAAAUUAUCAUUUUUUGUAUAGUUAUUAUAAUAUUUUAAUGACUUAACUAUAUUUUCAUCAGAUAAAGAUAGUAUUCUGGAUACCUAUGGAUAUGGGCUUAUAAGUAGUGAUGAAGUAGAAGAUGAAAUUAAUUUUAAUACAAUUAAUGAAGAUGAAAAUAUAAUUGUAAAUAAUAAUCUUACUAAAAAGGUAUGAUGAUAAUUAUCAUUAGUUUUUAUUGAAUUUCCAAACAAAAAAAAAUAAUUUUAAUAUUUUUAUGCUAUAUUCUAUAAUAAACUUAAGUAGUGUUGUAAGUAGUAACAAAAGUUUUUACUUGAACACAAAAUAACACUGUUUUAUAUUUUGUCCAUACAAAAAUAGUUAAAUGAAAAUUCUUAUAGUGAAAAUGAUCCUGAAGAGUACUAUGAUAAUGAUAAAGAUCCAGAGUAUAAUCCCUUAAAAAAUGUAAUUAAUGACUAUGUUACCAUCUGAUGAUAAUCUAGCAAAUAUUUUACCUCUUACUGUAAGUUAUACAAUAGGUAUAUAAAUAUUUUAACUUUAAUCAUAGUAAUUACAUAAUUGUUGUAUGAUUUUAAAUAGGGAAAUAGCACAACUAAAAAAAAACGUAAGCCAACUGCUAUAAAAAAGGAUCUUGUGAGAAAAAUGUAAAACAUACAACUGAUUGGAUUGAUGUUAAAUCUAAGUGCCAAUUAAAUAGAGGAGAAGAACAUCUUAUCAGAAAGGGACAAAAUAAAAAUGUUAAGAAAAUAUGGCCACUAUGUUCUGAAAAAUGUAGAAUGAAAUAUUUUGACAAACUUAGCAAUAUUGAUCGUAAAACAAUUUUUUAAUUGUACUAAUAAAUAGGUGAUCAUGACAGGCAUCAUGAGUUCUUUGCUAGAUAUAUAAGGAUAGUGCAGUAAAAACAAUUAAUGAUAAGCCCAUCUCAGUCACGUAGACAUGUAUCCAGAAAAUAUUUUAUACCUGUACAAAACAAGGAAAUUCAAGUGUGCCAAAAAAUGUUUUUGCAAACAUUUGCUAUCUCAGAUAAAGUAAUAAGCAACAUUUUCAAAAAAAUAAAUAAUUCACCAGUUUUACUUGCAUUCCAAAGAGGCAAACAUACUAAUCGUCCACUAGCCAUUAAAGACAAUGUUAAGAUUACACAGACAACAUAUUGAAAGUUUUCCUGUUAUUGAUUCCUAUAUUAGAUCUGAAUCAACCAGAAAAUAUCUUGAAAAUGGCCUUUCCAUUUCUAAAAUGCAUAGACUAUACUUAGAGUGGAUUAAAGAGAAACCUUUUACAUCAACACAAGACAAUUAUGAUAACAUCGUACAUGUAACACUAAGGCAGUAAAAGUACACUGAUAUAUUCAAUAAUGAAUUAAAUUUAUCAUUUUUCAAACCAAAAAAAAACUUUUGCGAUAAAUGUGAGGCAUAUAAUUAGGUCAGCUUAGAAGAAAAAAUUAAAAUACAAGUUUCAUAUGAUAAACAUUUGUUUAAUAAAACAAUUGCAAGACUGAAUAAAAAUUCUGAUAAAGAAAGGGCACUAAAUGAUCCUAAAUAUUGUGUUGCUGUCUUUGACCUACAAAAGGUGUUAACUUCUCCAUAGAGUGAAAUAAGUAGUUUUUACUACAAAAGAAAAUAUGCAACCUACAAUUUCACAAUUUAUGAUAUUGGUAAUAAGCAAGGUUAUUGUUGUAUGUAGAAGGUAAUAGAGGAUCUAAUGAAAUAGGAACAUUCUUAUUAAAAUUUAUUGCACUUUUAAAGGAUAGAGGUACAGAAGAAUUCACUUUCUACUCUGAUAACUGCGGCAGACAAAAUAGGAAUAGAUAUAUUUAUUCUAUGUGGGAAUAUGCUGCCUCGAUAUACAAAGUUAACAUAAUUCAUAGAUUUUUUGAGAUCUUUGAUCUUGAGAUUUUUUUCAUAGAUUGAUUUUUUUACCCUAAAAAAGGUAAAAUAAUUUAUGUCCCAUUUCCAUGGAUGACUUUGGUAAGAUGUGCUAAACUCAAAAAAAAUGUAUGUGUGAUUUACGAAAUGUCCAAUGAAGACUUUGAACUUUGGGCCAUUAGUUGAAAAUAAAAAGCUAAAUUGGAAAACAUCAAUCACUAAAGAAAUUAUAAAAUGAAACAAUAUAAAAGAAAUAAUUGGAUAAAAAAGUCCUUUUAUUUUAAAAAUAAAAUAUGAAUAUUAUACAACAGAUUUUAUUUUAUUACCACUGACAUAAUUUUAUCAAGAAACAAGGGAACACAUCACAAACGAACUAUCCCAAUAAAGUUUAUGAAAGAAAAUUUCAAUAUUAUCCCUGUGUGAUAAAGGAAUCAUCCCUUUAGUGUACCACAGCUUUUAUAAAUCUUUAAAAACAUAUAGACUUAUAGACUUAUUUAGACUUUUUAUUAUAAUAAGUAUAUUAUUAAUUAAUAAUUACUUAUAUUUUUUUAAUUUUCAUACUUUUAUAAACUUAUUAUUAAAAAUAAAGUGGAUAUUAUCAUUUUAUUCUUAUUAAUACAUUGUAUAAUGAUGAAUUGAUGAUCAUUAUUAAAUACAAUAAUAUUCACUUUUUUAAAUUACCUUUUGUUAAAAUAUAUUGUAUUUCUAAAAUUAAAAUAUUAGUUCAUAGAUUGUUUUGGUGUUGAUAUUUUAUUUAACUUUAAGUUUUAAAAGUUUUAAAUUUUAUGUACUACAGUUUUUUUUAAUAUGACGUGUAAACUAUAAUAAAGACUUAUACAAUUACUAAGAGAUUUAUUUUUAGUGAUUUCCCUUUGCAAUUUAGAAUAUUAUGCAUUACAAAAACUAGAGUUAAUUUAUAAUAAUAUUAUUAUAAAUGUUUUUCUUUCCUCAGAAUUAAUUUUUUUCCCAUGGAAAAAGGAUGAAAGUCAAAUAAAAUAGCCUAAUUAUGACUUAAGGUCAUUUACAGAAAGAUACUAAAAAAAAAAAUUGUGAUUUCGCAUUUAACACUAAAAACUACAAAUAUUAAAAAGUUGAAAUCCAGAAUAAGAAUUUAAUUUAGAAAACUUUAAACUGCUCUCCUGAAAAAUGAUAAAAAGUGAAUUACGUCCUUUUUCAUUGGGGGCGUCGAUAUAUUUUCUCAAUUUUGAAAAUGCAUGCAACACAAGAUAAUAGACUUCUACAUUGUUUCGUAAAGCUGUUUAAAAGUCUAGCAAACAAUAUGCGUUCUAGUACUUUUCAAACAUCACAUUCAACAAUAAAGGUAAUAUACAGGCUGUCCCACAAGAUAUUCUCCUUGAAUAUCUCCACAAAUAAUAAAUAUAAUCAAAUUCUGAUUUUUUCAUAUUACUCGCAGGGAUGAAGACUACAAAUAUUUAUUUUAUUAUUUUCAGAAAAAGUUAGGAUAGCCAUUCUGUAGAGUUCAUUUUUCUGAAAAUUUCAAUUUAGUACACAUUUAUAUCUACUAAAUAGUUUCUAAGUAACAGCCGUUUUAAAUUUUACUAUUCUGUGAGAAAACCUAUGCUAUCGCCAGUGGCGUAUUGAUAGGGUGGCAUGACGGGCAAAAGGCCAUGGGCCCAUGACCCUAGAAGACCCAUUAAGGAAUGUGUGGAAUCCAAAAAAUAGAUCAUCAAUUUUACAAAAAUUUAAAAAUACGAUGGAUCUUUAGAAAAACUAUGUUCUUGUAAAAUUAAAUUAAUUUAAAAUAAUUGAAUUUACAAUUUAAAAAAAUGUAUUAAGCCGGGUUCGAACGGAGUCGUGAAUUGGGCAAGAGCACUACUACUAGAUCAGCUAGUCGUGAUCACUACCUAGUGUGAACUAGUGGUCGUAGUAGAGGGUGUCGUCAACGACCAAAAAUAGAUCUGUCGUGAUUACUCUGGCAUGUUGGAGUGAACACGACCGGUUUAGUCGUGAAAUAUCUACGAAAUGUGAAUUUUGUUGCGUACAAACUCUCAUUUUUUUUUCGAUUUUUGUUUAUUUAUAAUACAAUUUUUAUUAAUUUAAUAAAUAAAUACAUUUUGUUUUUAUACAAUAAUAUUUCCUACGUCAGCGCAAUGUCAGUGUACAAAAUGAAUCUAACACAAACAAUUCAAUUUGUUGAAUUGUAUCGCGAUGCAGAAUGUUUUUGGAAAAUAAAACGGGUAUCGAUGGUUAUAGUAUUCGUAAAGUAGCCCAAAAGAUUAAAAAUAUUAAAUCAGCUUAUUAUCAAAAAUUAAAAAAAAUAACAACUCUAAAAAAUCUGGAGCAUUUGCAAUUGAUAUUUAUCAGCUUAAGGUACCGUGGUUUACGAUUGUCCAUUCAUUUCUGAAUUUUGAAACCGUAUCUAAUCUUUGUAAUUCGCAGGUUCAAUCUGACAAUACAUCAAAGCAACUAGAAGACAAAGACAUUUGUGGGCUAGAUGACCAAAUCGAAGUAAAUUUGUCAAACGAAAAGAAGUCUGAUCAAAGAUUCAAACUUCCUUCAAUAUCAAAUCAGGCAGCUCAAUAA